AUGGCCUCUAAGCCCGAGGACCGGCCCCCUACGAACCCUUGGGUCACUAGCGAUGGCAGCCCGCUCCGGGGAUACUACUGGAUGAGAACCGACCCAGAAAUGCAACCUAACUACUGGGUCCAACGCAAGAAAGUGUGUGAAUGCCGACAGCACUUCCCAGCCCAGUGGCCGGUUGAUCAUGUGGUGAUUCGUAUCCCUGCAUGCGCCUUCAGGUGCCCAUAUUGCACGGCUCUCGAUAACGUGGAGAAAGACCAGCGACCUUGCCCGUCACGAGUCAAAAGACAUAUCUCAACAACACACAUCAAAAAGCAAGCAGACUUCUAUGUUGGACUACAGAUUGCCUGUUCCCCAUGGUCUGAUGCCAUCUAG